AUGAGGCCAUCACGGAGGCUCGCCAUCUCGGCGUUGAGCAUUAGAGCGACACUGGCUACAGAUUGCUGUCGCGAAUUGAGCCAGGCUAUUGGGCAGGCCGUCGUCAACUUCCCGGGCUCGUCGCAGUACGAUGCCACCGAGGCCUCAUACUGGUCCCUCCAAGAGUCCGAUCUCAAGCCGGCAUGCAUCGUUCGUCCCACCAGCGCCCAGGGCGUCUCCAGAGCAAUCAAAGUCAUCAAGUCCACACCAGACUGCAAAUUCGCCAUCAAGGGCCAAGGUCACAGCCCUGCGGCGGGCUUUGCCAACGUCGAUGGCGGUGUCACUCUGGAUAUGACGAGUCUCGCGUCCAUCGAGACAAGCAGCGACCAUUCAGUGGCCAAGGUCGGUGCGGGAGCUUCCUGGCUCGACGUAUACCGCCACCUUGAUCCGCUAGGCGUAGAGGUCGCGGGUGGGCGAAACGGCAACGUCGGCGUUGGCGGCCUCCUGCUUGGAGGCGGCAUCUCGCACUUCACCACGCGCGUCGGCUGGGCAUGCGAUAACGUGGUGAACUUCGAGAUCGUUGUCGCAGAUGGUAGUCUCGUCAACGCCAAUCGCACGUCUCAUCCCGACCUGUUCCGUGCCCUCAAGGGCGGCGCCAACAAUUUCGGCAUCGUAACACGCUUCGAUCUCGCUACGUUUCCGCAGGGGAACAUCUCCUCUACCAGCCUUGUUCAUGACAUCUCUCAACGGGAAGCGGUCUUUUCGGCAUUCACCGACAUCGCCAAUACUGUUCCCUUUGACCCCUACACUUCACUCGUGAUGGGCCUGCUCUACAACUCGACAUCCGGUCGCUGGAUAAUGUCUACGUCCGCCGUUUAUACCAAACCUGUCCUCAACCCUCCAGUGUUCUCCAAUCUGCUGUCAAUUCCCAGCCUCUCCAACAGUAGCGCUAUUACAUCCUUGUCCACGUUGGCCGAUGAGGCUACAACACCUCCGUUGAACUGGCUCUUUGCAACCGCAACAUUCAAGGCGUCGACUUCUCUAUUGGUCGACAUAUUCGAGGUCCUCAACGAGACACUUUACUCGUUCAAUCCUCAAGGAGGUGUCGUUUGGGACGUCGCGCUCGAACCGCUCGCCGGCGCUAUGCUAUCACGUCCCCAGAGCAAUGGCGACAACGUUCUCGGUAUUGAAUCCAGCGACAAAGGCUUCGUCCUUCUCUUGUCCGCGCUCUGGCCCAAUUCCUCGUCCAGGCAAGCCGUCCAAAACAGAGCAAAGCAAGCUCUCUCUCGCGUAGAGGCGUGCGCAAAGACGAAGAAUCAGCUCCAAGCAUUCCAGUACCUCAAUUACGCAGCUCCCUACCAAGCUCCUCUGGCGUCGUACGGCCAUAAGAAUGUUGAGUUUCUUCUCAAAGUCCGCGCUGCGUAUGAUCCGGAGGAGAUCUUUCAAAAGCGUGUUGGAGGCGGCUUCAAGCUGAGCUGA